AUGAAGGUGGAAGAUGAUCCAAGAUAUGAUAGAUUCCUUAGAGUUAUUUUUGUUGGUAAGAAAUUCCAAAUAGAUUAAGAUUGUGUAGACAAAAACAGAUUAAAUGAAAGAGUUAAUAAACUUUGCUAAGAGCUCCAUAUUAAUGCUGAUGAUUUAUACGACAACAAUAAUGAAGAAUACUUUGAACAGCUUAUGAGAGCUUAUGGUCCCAUCGAAAACAAAAAGAAGAAAAAAUCGCCAUACAUAGGCAAUACCUCACUCAAUAUUUCACUCUAGAACUCACUAAUUAGUCCAACAUCCUCAGGACUGCCUACAAUCUAAAACAACUUUUAGUUCUCUCCACCAAGUAAGCUGUAGCAAUUCGGUAUCUCUAACACUAACUUUAACAGUCCAACAUCAAUGAAUCUAGGAGGCUCUGGUGGAAGUCCUGGUGUUAGUCAAGGUUUAAAUUAAAGUACUCUAAUAGGUCAUCGAGCUAGUAUAAGACUUACUAGCACUCUUAACUUGAAUUCACCUCAAAAUUUUGUCACAUAAUAAUCACUAAUUUAACAUUCAUAAAACUAAAGUUAAGAACCUAAGAAACCAGUAACUGUAGGUAAAAUAUCAUUCAGGCCUGCAAGAGCCCCAAUGAGCUCUUAAAGAAGAUCUCAGCUCAAUCUAUCACCAAAUAGCUUCAUAACUUAGCCAUAAGGGAUUGAUACCUAGUCUAAUUAUUAAGUUCAAUUAGCCUAGAAGAUGUACGAGAAAGAAAAAGAUAGAGUAGAAAAAUUUAAAAAAGUGAGAUAAAAUGCUAUCAAUUUAGCUUAGCAAACAGUCUAGAGAUAUUAGGAAAAACUCAAUCAUAAAAUCAUAAAUUUUGAUAGAUUUAAGCAGAAUAUGCAAAGAAAGAACCAAGAAGAUCAAAAGAGGAUUGAGAUGAAUCAGCAAAAAAGAGCUAAUGCCAGAGACAAUCUAUCAAGAACUCUGAGAGAAAUUGAAACCAAGUCAUAAUCCAUUCAUGAUAUCAGGUUUCAGGAGAUUAGUUAAUUGACAAAUAAAAGAUCUUAAAGAGAGAAAUAAAUGUCAACUAGUUAAUUUCUAACAUUUAAGAAGAAAAUAGAAGAAGAGCAGAUGAAUCAGAAGAUAAUGCCUAAAGUGAAAAAGCGAGAAAAUCAAGAAAUUGGAUUAUACCUAUAAAGACUUGAAUACAAAAUUCAAAAGGGAUAAGAAAAAGCGUAAAAGAUAUUACAUGAUACUAACAUGAUGAGAACAUCUAAGUUUGAAAGUAUGUUAUAAGAAACAUAAAAUAAGCAUAGAGGCAUCAUAGAUCAUCACUUUAAUCGCAGUCUUGAUAGAGUUAUUACAAAAGACAGUUAAAUUGAAAACAAAAUCAAGAAAAAAAUAGCCUAGGAAGACAAUAAGAGAAACCAUAUCAGGUAGAUUAUCUCUCAAAAGUUCGAUAGAAGCAGGAGUAUUAGAGAUGAUCUUAAAUACUAAGAUGAUAGAAAGAAAAAAGAAACAAUUGAAAAGUUAGAAUAUAAAAUGUAAAAACCCUUGAAUGUGUCACAGCAGAGAGAUAUUGAGACAUAGAAAAAGAGAGAAAUGAAUUCCUUGAGAUAGUUGGAUGUUCAGGAGAAUUAUAGGUCAGUUAAAGAUUCUAUAUUGCUAUAGAAAGCUAAAGUAAUGACUAAAAUGCACAAGAUUGACGAAGUCAAGAGACAGGCAGAGGAGCAUAAUAAGAAGGUUAUUGAAAAGCUGAAAUUCAACAAUCUAAUAGCAGAAAGAAACUUAUUACAAGACUUAAACCCAAGAGAAAUUCUUGUAAAAGCAAAAUUAAACUUAACUCUUCAGGCAACCGGAUAGAGUCCUAAAAAUAGUUUGAGAUUAAGGAACUCUAAUAGAAACUCAGUUUCUCAUAAUGAGAAUUGA